AGAAUGGACGAGGCGCGAGUCAUACGAGUGUGCGCGAGGGGUGCGCGUGCAGACUACUGUUUACUGGGAACAGCUUGAGUCUCGAGACGAGGCAAACAGCCGCGCAAAUUCACCGUUGUUUUUCUUUUUCGGCUCGAUAUAUGGGAUGAGGAAUGGAAAUAUUAAAGGCUUCACAUCGUGAAUGAAUAUGAUAGAAAUGAGGAUAAACACUCGCGCGCGACCAAGAUAAAUCUAAGGCUAUUCUGACAGCUCUCUCACAAAGACUAGUGCGAAGGAAUGCAGAGCAAUGCUUUGAACUUGAAAGACCACCAACGCUUCGUUUUUCAAAAACCAAGGCAGAAAUUGCAGGGUAAACAUGCAGCGGAUGAAAAACAGGCAGAAAUCUGCGUGAGUGGAUCAGGAGUGUGCUGAAGCGCCUCUUUCGCACCUUUGUUUGGCACCGUCUGCAAAAACUUCCACAAUGGCUUUGGUCAUGGAACCUGUAAGCAGGUGGUCAACAAGCCAGGUGGUCGACUGGAUGAAAGGCUUGGAUGACUGUCUGCAGCAGUACAUCAAGAACUUUGAGCAGGAGAAGGUGGGCGGCGAACAGCUGUUGAGAAUCACACAUCAGGAGCUCGAAGAUCUGGGUGUUUCUCGAAUCGGCCACCAGGAACUUAUUCUGGAGGCUGUGGACCUGCUUUGUGCGCUGAAUUAUGGACUAGAGACAGAGAACCUGAAGACUCUGACCCAUAAGUUGAACGCAUCAGCCAAGAACCUGCAGAACUUCAUAACAGGCCGACGGAGGGGCGGUCACUAUGACGGCAGAGCCACCCGAAAACUUCCCAAUGACUUUCUGACCUCUGUAGUGGACCUCAUCGCUGCCGCCAAGAGCCUGCUGGCUUGGUUGGAUAGGUGUUAUUUCUUCAUCAGGUCUCCGUUCGCUGCCGUAGCAGACUACUCCAUGACCAGGAAUAAUGUGAUUCAGCUGUGUCUGGAGCUGACCACAAUAGUUCAGCAGGAUGGCACAGUGUAUGAGACAGAAAAUAAGAUACUGCAUGUGUGUAAGACACUUUCUGGUGUGUGUGACCACAUCAUCUCCCUCUCUUCGGACCCCAUGGUGUCCCAGGCCGCCCAUCUGGAAGUGGUGCAGCUGGACAACAUAAGAUCCACCGAGGGACUGGGCAUGUACAUCAAAUCAACCUAUGAUGGCCUACAUGUCAUCACAGGCACUACAGAGGGAUCACCGGCUGACCGCUGUAAGAAAAUCCAUGCUGGUGAUGAGGUCAUACAGGUCAAUCAUCAGACAGUGGUGGGCUGGCAGCUGAAGAACCUGGUCAACUCUUUACGCAGCAAUCCCGCAGGGGUGACCCUCACGCUGAAGAAACGACCUCAGAGCACUCUCACGUCAGCCCCAGCCUUACUCAAGAACAUGAGAUGGAAGCCCCUCGCCCUGCAGCCCAUCAUCCCCCCGAGCCCCAGCAGCAGUGUGGCCACACCAUCCAGCACCAUCAGCACCCCAUCCAGACGGGACAGCUGCGCUCUACAGGACCUCUACAUCCCCCCUCCCCCUGACGAGCCGUAUUCACCCAGAGAUGAAAUGGGGAAUCUGACCAGUAAUUGCCAGCAGGCCGCUAAAGGUUCUAAUUCGCCCAAUUCCUUCUUGGAUCAGGAGUGCCGGAGGCGAUUCCCCCUGUUGGAUGAGGAUGCGGUCCUGUACUGUUACGAGUAUGAUCAGAAUCAGGGCCCUCCACCCGUACGCAGGGACAGCACUCCCACAUAUGGACGGUUGAGGCCCAUUUCCAUGCCUGUAGAAUAUAACUGGGUUGGAGACUAUGAAGAUCCAGCCAAGCUGAAGAAAGAGAUCAGAAGAGAAAACUCCCUGCUGCGAUAUGUGAGUGAGGACAAGGCAGGGACAGAGGAGUACCACACAGGACGUCGAAGCAGUCGGCGUAGUAGAAGAAAGAGUGAGAAAGGUGGAAGCCCCGCCCACUACACUCUAGUUCCCACCCUCCAGAUGGACAUGCUGCAGCAAGACUCGUUGGCCACACCCACAUCUGAAACCUCUUCUGUCUAUCUUACAUUUGAUCGAUCGUCCAUGCUCUCCCGGUCAAAGAAAGUUAAGUUAAGAGCUGGAUCCCUGCCCUCCAUUAGUAAGCGGCGAAUCUCCUGCCGAGACUUGGGUCAGGGUGAUUGUGAGGGAUGGCUCUGGAAGAAGAAGGAUGCAAAGAGCUACUUCUCUCAGAAAUGGAAGAAGUACUGGGUUGUGCUGAAAGAAGCCUGCCUAUACUGGUACACCAAUGAAGAUGAUGAAAAGGCAGAGGGCUUUGUCAGUCUGCCUGAGUUCAACAUUGAUCAAGCCAACGAAUGUCGCAAAAAGUUUGCUUUUAAGGCCUGCCAUCCUAAAAUCAAGAGCUUCUACUUUGCUGCAGAAAACUUGGAUGAUAUGAAUAGGUGGCUCAGUCGGAUGAACAUGGCGGCAACAGCUCACACAGAGCAGAAAAGGAUCCGACAGGAUCAUGACUACUGGAGUGAGAGUGACCAUGAGGAUGCCGAUCACAUGCCCUCAACACCCAACCAGGACAGCCCUCCACCUCCGUAUGACACUUAUCCACACCCUACCUCAGUGAGUCCAUUCCAGGAGUCCCAACACAUCCGCCCACCCUCCACAGAGACCAUCCAGUCCCGCUCCCCCCUAUCCGAGACACAUGGGGGUAGCGUAAGCAGCGCUAGCUCUCCGGGCCGAAAGUCUUCCAGCCAGCGGCGUUCAUGGCAAGAUCUCAUCGAGACUCCCCUCACCAGCUCCGGCCUCCAUUUCCUGCAGACUCUGCCGUUAGACGAUUCCGUCUUCGUCGAUUCCAGCCGAAUCGUGCCCGUCGAGCUCCGCCGCCAGUCGACGCUUCCUGCCCAUCACGGGCUGCCGCCAGAACACUACGCCCCGCCCAUUACGCCCACCCAACCCAGCCAAAAGUCCUUCACAGCUGUAGGAAGAGGAGAAGAAGGAGGUGGAGUAGGAAGCAAGCACCGCAGUUUUACUUUGCCCCGUGACAGUGGUCUUCAUGCUAUCCUGGCUGCCAGCAGUGCAGCUGAACUCGCAGAUGUACAUCGAUACCACCUGGGCCGGGCCCCUGCCAGGGAUUCAGGUUCAGAUCGGGAGCGCAGGCACCAGGCUGACUCAUUGGGGGAUUUGUACAGGGCUCUUGAGAGGACUAGUCUAUCGCCUGUCAAUGAGCACAGGUCCUCUUCUCGAUUAGAGUACAAGCGAUCAUUCGUCCGUCGCUGCAAUGAUCCGUUACUCAAUGAGAAGCUGCACCGCCUGCGAAUCCUUCAAAACUCAUUCAAGGACAUCCCUCUUCAAGAGGCAGAAACUAAGAUCAUCCAUCGAGAUGUGUAGCUGGAGAACGCAGCACCAGCCAUUCCAGCCAUAUCUGCUAAAAAAAGAUCUUUCCCCGGAGGGUUCAUCUUAGUCGCUUUUAUCAAACAUCUACAUAUUUCUUAAGGAAUAUUUUUCAUUCUUUUACUCUGUUACAGUGUUCAUGAAUUUCCUCUCAUUGCACUCACGUUUUUGCUCUUGCACAUGCUAAUAUUGGCAUUAUUUUGUAUGUACAGUUAUUUUUCUUUUUGAAUUAUUUGUGUUUGUAAUGAUGACUUUGGCCUCCAUUUGGGGUUGGAUAACUGCACUUCCAAUGAACUCUACCCUAUAGUCUCUCCUGACUGAAAGAAAAAAAAACACAGGGAAUGAAUAAAACUACUGAUAUAGAAAUUAUUUUGUUCUAAAUCUGAUUUGCAUGGCCAUUGUCUGGUUAAUAGAUUUAAUGUCUGUGACGUGUCUUACCCGAGAGUGUUAAUUCCAGCUAACAUUUUUCAAUGGUAAAUGUUACUGUGACUUUAAGAGAAGAAUUGACAGGAUGUAACGAUUGCGUGUCUGUGUGCGGGUGCGUGUUGAAAGCCUAGGUUCGUUUUAAAUAAUGUAUGUUGUAAUAUUCUGACAGUUUGCACCCUUGCAGCAAGAUUCUUGCAAUAAUGUUGAACUAAACCGAUUAAUUAGUUUGACACUGUCUAUUUUUGUAAGCAUGAUAUUUAUUGAGAUGUUUGUACAUUGUUUUGUAUGCUGAACUAUGUGUUAUCUGAAGAUAACGGCAAGUGUAAAUCCCUUUUAAUGUGUUCCUGAAAUAUCUUUAACAAAAUGAAACUUUCAUGUGAAAGCACCAGUGUUCCAGUAUCUCCAAAAAAGUAAUUUUAUCAAUAAAUUGUUUGAUGUUUUGACAUUA